AUGGGCGAUGUGACGACGACGCUGCUCUGCAACGCCGUGCCCGUGCGCGCGCGGUGCUCCUGCACGCUCCUCGCGCUGCUGCUCUGCUUCCAGCUCCUGCACACAUCGUCGCAGGCCUUCAAGCUGCGCGGAGGCGUGGGCGGCGGCUACGAGGAGAAGGUCCCGCUGGCCGUCAUCGUGCCGGACCCGUCGCCGGAGCUGUCGGGACUGUCUCCGUCCCCACUCGCCGCGCCGCCGCCGGUCCACGGCGGCGGCGGCGACGACAUGCGGCCCAGGCUGCCGACGGAGCGGUCGUGGCGCCGGGGCAGGGGAGAGGUUCGGCGCGCCGCGCACCCGCCGGAGGCCACGGCCGAGCGCGAGGCGCCCGCGGCGGCGUCGGCUGGCCCCGCCAGAGCCCCUACCACCGCCGGGGCGCCGGCGCCGGACUCCGGUAGCGGCCGCGGCACGGCGUUCAUCAGUAGCAGCCCCGCCGUGGCGGUCCCGCGCGGCGUCACGGACACGGCCACCAUCCUGCCCAUGCCCGCGCCCGGAGAAAAGCGGCAGGAGGUUGGAGCCGCCAGUUCGGUUGAAGCCGCCUGUGUAAUGCCGCUGCUGCUGGGGCUUAUGGUGAUGAUGGCGUCUUUUGGGAUUUAA